AUGGCGUAUCCUCAAAAUGUUGGCAUCAAGGCCAUGGAAAUUUAUGUCCCCGGACAGUGUCUUGAUCAAACGCUCUUUGAGCAACACCAGGGCGUGUCGGCUGGCAAAUACACCAUCGGUCUAGGCCUCAAAUCCAUGAACUUUUGCACCGACAGGGAAGAUGUCUGUUCUCUAGCGCUGACGGCCGUGGCCUCACUCCUCCGCAAGUACGAAAUCGACCCCAAGUCGAUCGGCCGGCUGGAAGUUGGGACCGAGUCCAUGAUCGACAAGGCCAAGUCCGUCAAGACGGUCCUGACGCAGCUGUUCGAACCGAGCGGCAACACGAGCCUCGAAGGGGCCGACACCGUCAACGCAUGCUACGGCGGCACCAAUGCCUUGUUCAACGCCGUCAACUGGGUAGAGUCUCGAUCCUGGGACGGCCGAGACGCCAUCGUCGUGGCCUCGGACAUUGCGAUAUACAAUCAGCCUUCUUCGCGCCCUACAGGCGGAGCCGGCUGCGUUGCCCUCCUCGUCGGGCCGGAUGCUCCUCUCGCUGUAGAUGUGUCUCUUCGGGGGACCUUCAUGACGCACGCCUUUGACUUUUACAAGCCGGACCUCAAGGCCGAGUACCCAUUGGUCAACGGACAAGAGUCCAUCAGAUGCUACCUCUCUGCCAUCGACGCGUGCUACAACGCCCUGAAGCAGCGGAGGGAGAAACAAAAAAGUCUUGCCAACGGCCAUGGCCCGAAGGAUGACACCAAAAAAGGCAUCCUCGAUCUCUUUGACUACAUGGCUUUCCACACGCCAAACUGCAAGUUGGUGAGCAAGUCCUACGGCCGGCUGCUCUACAACGACGCGCUGCAGUCACAGGACGACGUCAUCUGGAGCACCGUACCAGCCAAGCUGCGUGACUUGAGCUACGACGAGUCACUGCGAUGCAAAGAUCUGGAAAAGGCCUUUGUGGCGUUGAGCAAAGAACGCUACGUCUCGCGCGUCAAGCCUUGCAUUGCCGCACCCAGCCUAUGCGGCAACAUGUACACGGCGAGCCUAUACUGCUCUCUCAUCAGUUUGAUAAGCAAUAUCGAUGUCGAGGCCGCCCGUGGAAAGACGAUUGGCCUGUUUAGCUAUGGAAGUGGCAUUGCCAGCACCUUGUUCGCUGUCAAGGUCACCGGCGACCUUAAGGACAUGGUGGACAAUAUUGACCUCAUGGGCCGCCUGGAUCGUCGCCAUAUCGCCACGCCAGAGGAGUACGAAGCGGCAUGCGCUCUGAGGGAGAAGGCAUAUGGCGCCAAGGACUACACCCCUACUGGCAGCCUGUCUACCAUGACGGCUGGCACAUAUUACUUAGAAAGCAUCGAUAAAUCGUUUCGGAGGACCUACGCCAUCAAGGAACCACAUGACGGUCCGAUUUGA